AUGCCUGGCAAAGUGAAGGUCCGCAUUCUUGCGGGCCGCAACUUGCCCGUGAUGGACAAGUCCAGCGACACCUCCGAUGCAUUCGUCGAGGUGAAGCUGGGAAGCACUACCUACAAGACUGAAGUGUAUCGCCGCUCGCUGAACCCCUACUGGAACUCCGAGUGGUUUCGUUUCGAAGUGGACGACGAGGAGCUGCAGGACGAGCCCCUGCAGAUUCGAAUAAUGGACUACGACACCUACUCGGCGAAUGACGCCAUCGGCAAGGUCUACAUCGACCUCAAUCCACUGCUGCAGAAGGACUCAAAGCAUGUUCUCUCCGGCUGGUUCCCCAUCUACGACACAAUGCACGGCAUUCGCGGCGAGGUGAACUGCAUCGUCAAGGUGGCACUCUUCUCCGACGCCAAUCGCUACCGCCAGUCCUCCUGUGGCUUCAAGUUCUUCUACUGUCCCCAGAUACCAGAAGGGUACGUCUGCGAGGCGAUUCUCGGCUUCGUCGAGGAGCUGGUGGUCAACCACGAUCCUGAGUACCAGUGGAUUGACAAGAUACGAACGCCGCGUGCUUCCAAUGAAGCCCGACAGACGCUCUUUUCGAAGAUUUCCGGAGAGGUGCAGCGGAAGAUUGGCAUCAAGGCAAUGGACCUCGGAGGCAAUGCCGUCAUCGGAUACCAACAACACUUUGAUAUGGAAGGCGAGUCGGGCAUUGUGGUGCGAGGCAUUGGCACCGCCGUCAUGAUCACCAAAAUCACUUCUCUCAAGUAUCCACUCAAAAUCACCACCGACAGCAGAGGCGAUCACAUCAAAGAGACCUGUAAGUCAGCAUCACCGACUGCCCAGAUACCGAACGGAACUGCCGCUUCCAACUUUAAUGAGUCGAGCAGAGAGGCGUCCUUAGCGAAUGCUGCCACCCGGCGAAUGUCAGACUCUGAUCUGAACAUUAACCACAAAGGAAACAGUACUGUUGAGGGGCAAAACUCAAGUGCCGCUGCAGCCUCUGCUACUGCCGCCGCCACCGCCAACAACAACUUCAACAACAGUACAGUGGCCAACAGUGCCGUGCUCCAGUCGCUAAGCAAAUUAAAGAUAUCACCCGAAAAGCUACAGCUGCUUGAGUACCCAUUUCUCACUGUGAAAACAUUUCCGCCCGGUUUAAUUGCCAGCAUUGGCGGCAUUGUCUCGGCGCGUUCUGUCAAGCUGUUAGAUCAAAUCAACAACCCUGAUGACCCCGAGACGAGAGAUGCCUGGUGGACGGAGCUGCGCAAGGAGAUUCGCUCACACAAGAAGACCCUGGGCUGCAAUGCCGUGCUCGGCUACACCGAGACGGCGUACAUCAACGACGAGAUUUGCAUCCUCUCCGCCUGCGGCACCGCCGCCCUGCUCAAAACCUCCGAGACGGAGGUGGAGGCGACCUUCAACUACUUUCAGAAUGCCAAUUACGAACGCAAGUGGGAGUACGAACUGCUGAGCAGUGCCGCCGGCAGUGCUCAGCAGGCGCCGAAGACCUACUGCCAUCUGUGCCACAUUCCAUACCAGGAGAGUCAGGUGCCCUUUCCCACCAACCUGAUGACCUGUGCCAUCUGCCACACCGGCAAAGUGCCCGACGUCCUCUUCAUGACCAUUGAACCCUGUGAAAAUAUUCCCAUCACCGGCUUCGGCACGUUCAUUCAGGCGAGGGUCUGUCGCAGCAAGCGAGAGUGCAAGGGCGAAGCCUGUGCCAAGGAAAUCUCUGAUAGUCUUCCAUUUCUCGAGUACGAACUUCACCGCCAACUACUCACCAAACUGAAAAUCAAAGGCAUGAAUGGCCUGUUUAACAUUUCCAUUCAAAUCUCAUUUGGGGAGAACAUGUUAGUGGCCGUGGCAACGGGCACUGGCGCCUUUCUAUCUCCGCUCCUUCCUCCAACACCGCCAAAGAUAUCAUCGGGAAAAGGCAUUCUCUGCUCGAAGUUGAAUGAAAUUCAAGCCCUCAUUUCGGAGAGCAUCAAUCGAAAUCGCGAGCUCUAUCAGCUGAACCAAAAGAACCAGGCUGCUGCUGGCGGCGGCGGUGUGUCCGGCCACCGAAGCACCUCUACAACCAGCGACGACAAAAUGGUGGACGGCGGAAGUCGGCAGCCGGCACCGAACAAGGUGCUAGAGGACAUGAACGCCGACAAGUACUUCAAUGAGAACAAGGAGAGCUGUGUCCUGCUCGAGGUGGACGACACCGAGGACGCCGACAUCAUCUCGCUGAUGAUUGACUCGGAUGUGCCGCGAGGCUUUGACAUCUGCAACUCGGAGUACCUGCCCGGGAAGCAGCAGCAGUUCAUGUCCAACCUGCAGAUGUUCUCGCAGGUGUACCGGGCGAAGCUGACCUCGCACAAGCAGUUUGGCCACCAGUUUGACUGGAUCAUUCAGAGUUUGUUCGUCAAGUUUCGUGCCCUCAUACCUUGCUGUUUGACUGACCUGAAGUUUCGUAUCGACCUGCCGGAGAGCGAUUUACUGCAAAUCACCGUAACCGGAACUUCCAUUGGAAUGGGCGCACCCGCGCUGAAGCCAAUUGCUCGGACGCGAACGCCCACAUUUCACGCCGAUCAUGCUCAGGAGGAGCUCAUCUUUCCGAUGGACAGUGUCGCCGAUGAGAAAAAGGCCGAUGCGGUCGACCUGGAAGAUGGCAAGAUUCACGCCGAUCAUGCUCAGGAGGAGCUCAUCUUUCCGAUGGACAGUGUCGCCGAUGAGAAAAAGGCCGAUGCUGUCGACCUGGAAGAUGGCAAGAGCAUGUACUAUCACACAUAUCCAAAGGAGCACCACGGCAUCGAGUUGACGCCGCUCAGCUAUAUUCCCGGCGCCUACAUUUCGCCUUAUCUCGGCAACUUGGACUUUUUCUUUAUACGAGAGAGCAGUAGCAUUCGAGAGUACGGUGGACUAAGCGGUUUUAUGCACAACUUUAUGACUGAAGUCUUUGCCAUUGUUCGCUCGCACGUCUCCUCACUGGGCGGCAAUGCAAUGACCUCCUUCCACAUUACGCAACUCCUGCUGCUCUUCAACCCUCACAAGAAUCAGGCUCAGUGUUUAAUCAACGUUGCCGGCGACGUAGUCACAGUGCACUACUGCAAUGCACUGGAGAGCAGCAGUCAGCCGGCCAACUAG